AAAGGGGAAACAUUUAUCACACUUCAGGAAUACGUAAUACAGAUUAAGGGUUACAUAAAUCAGUUCAGCAAACAGUACCUGAAGCCGAGAAGUUGAAGCCUACACCAUGGGAAAUAAACAAUCCCGAUCUUCGUCAUCUAUAUCUACAGAUAGCUACGUUCGUGAGGUUCGCCAUGUUCGCAAAGGAAUGUCAGACAGAGACAGGCGACUUUAUAAUUAUGCAAGAAUAAAAAUUGCAGAAGAAGAUCUAGAAGAUGUUGAAAUAACCGUUGGUUUUGAAGAUCAAGAUGCCGUUGUUCUUCAGGGCGUCAAUAACCCAUCUGGAAAAGUCUACAUCGGAUUGGAUUACAAUGAUAUUCCACAGCUGGUCUGGAAAAAACGUGGCUUUUGGAGAUCAGUAAAAAGAUUCUUCAUCGGAUGUUUCAGCACGUUGAAGAGAGUCUUGUUAAGUGCUUUAUCGAUUGGCGCGUCCGAACCAAUGAAGGCUAUUACUUUCGGAUAGCACAAAGAAAUUUUUAACUGUAUACAAAUGUUCGGCUAAUUUUGAGGUCAAAAAUAACAUAUGUGGCAAAAUAUAUAAAAUUUUGAAGCUUGAAAAAUUAAA